CACACACACACACACACACACACUUCCUCUACUCGCAGUGUGUGUGUGUGUGUGUGUGUCCGCCCCCCUUUGCUUCAUUUCCUGAAUCCCGCUCCUGCGACAUGGGAAACAAACACUGAUCUAACAGCUGCGAGAGAAGACUUCCUGAAACUAAAAACGUUGCAUCCCUCCUCAGCGCUGCUACGGCCCACUUCGAUCUGACAACAUCCACCAAUGGGCUGAGGGCGUGGGCGGGCCAGGAUGAGUGCUGAGGUGCUAUUGGAGGAGACGCUCAUCAAGCGUUCACAGCAGAAGAAGAAGACGUCGCCGCUGAACUACAAGGAGAGACUGUUCGUGCUCACCAGGAGCCGGCUGUCGUACUACGACGGAAGAGCAGAGAAGAAGUUCAGGAGAGGCUCGAUCGAGUUGAGCCGCAUCAGAUGUGCAGAGAUCGUGAAGAACGGAGGAGGAAUCAUCCCCUGCCAGAACAAAUACCCCUUUCAGGUGGUGUACGACGCCAACACUCUGUACGUGUUCGCUCCGAGUCACGACAGCAGGAGACUCUGGGUGCAGAGCCUCAAAGAGGGUCAGGCUCCAUUUUAUUCUUCCCCGUUCUCCCGCAGUGCUUCUCAUGUGGGGUGCAAAGCCCCUCGGGGUUCUGCAGGAAGCAGAUCAAAGACAACGCUGUGGUCUGGGCCAAGUUUCACCCUCAGUUUUGGCAGGAAGGGGCGUGGCUCUGCUGUCGCCAGGCGGAAAAACAAGCGCCGGGCUGCGACAAGUACAAUCUGUUUGGAGACGUUUCCAGAAAAUGUUUACCCCCGAUUCCUGCGGCGGCCCCCUCCCCCCCUUCCUCCGUCCGCAGAGCAUGACGAAGAGGACGAUGAAGAGGACGAUGACGAGGAGGAGGUGGUGAUGGUGUCGCUGUACAACUUCUCAGGCACCGAGCCGCACGACCUGAGUCUGGUCAAAGGAGGCGAGUACGUCAUCCUGGAGAAGUGCGACAGCAACUGGUACAAAGCGCGUAACAAGUACGGUGAGGAAGGCUACAUCCCAAGUAACUAUGUAACUGAGAAGACAUCUGGAAACCUGGUGCAGUUUGUGUGGUACAGUAAACAAGUCAACAGGAACAAGGCCGAGGAGUUGCUGAGGAAGGAGGACAAAGAAGGCGCGUUCAUCGUCAGAGACUCGAGCACCACAGCAACCUUCACCGUGUCGCUCUACGCCAAGUCUGCUGCAGGGAACAAGGUUGCAACUAUAAAACAUUACCACAUCAAGGAGACACAAGACGCGCCUCAACAGUUUUACCUGGUGGAGAAACACUUGUUCACCUCCAUCCCCGACCUGAUCGAGUACCACAAACACAACGCAGCAGGUCUCGUUGCCAGGCUGAGGUAUCCUGUCAGGAAACAGGACAAGUCUGCUCCGUCCACCGCCGGCUUCAGCUACGAGAAGUGGGAGAUCAACCCCAGUGAGUUGACCUUCAUGAAGGAGCUGGGCAGCGGGCAGUUCGGGCUGGUGAGGCUCGGCAAGUGGAGGGCUCAGCACAGAGUCGCCAUCAAGGCCAUCAGAGAGGGAGCCAUGUACGAGGAGGACUUCAUCGAGGAGGCCAAAGUCAUGAUGAGGUUGUCUCACCCGAAGCUGGUGCAGCUGUACGGCGUGUGCAGCCAGCAGAGGCCCAUUUACAUCGUCACUGAGUUCAUGGAGCACGGCUGCCUGCUGAACUUCCUCCGGCAGCAGCGGGGCAGCUUCAGCCUCGGGGCCUUGCUGAGUAUCUGCCUGGACGUUAGCGAGGGCAUGGAGUACCUGGAGGCCAACAGCUUCAUCCACAGAGACCUGGCUUCCAGAAACUGUCUGGUGAAUGACUCUCUGGUGGUGAAGGUGUCCGACUUCGGCAUGGCCAGAUACGUGUUAGACGACCAGUACACCAGCUCAUCAGCUGCCAAGUUUCCGGUGAAGUGGUCGCCUCCCGAAGUCUAUAACUACUGCAAAUACAGCAGCAAGUCGGACGUCUGGUCCUACGGCGUGCUGAUGUGGGAGGUCUUCACUGAGGGCCGCAUGCCGUUUGAACAGAGUCAGAACCACGAGGUGGUUUCCUUGGUAAGCAAGGGUCACCGGCUCUACAGGCCCAAGAUGGCCACGCCCGCCAUCUAUGAUAUCAUGCAGCUCAGUUGGCACGAGAGACCGGAGGAGCGUCCGCCCUUCUCGCAGCUCUGCCUGAUGAUCUCGGACGUGCUGGAGGCCGACACCCCUCCUCCGAGCUGAUCAACGGACCAAUCAGCUGCUUCCACCAUCCCUGGCGGCCAUGUUGGCACCAACUCGUGGUUACCUGCCAUUGUUCAGUUAUUAUCUCAUGUACUGGAUCACAAGGAGAAGACGGUGUCAUGGUGGUUACAGUGUCUGGAACGGACCAAUCAGAUGGAGAGGAUGGACCAAUCACAGCAGCUGUAGUCGACUCGUCCACCAAUCACGUCACCAGUACAGCUCACAGACUGACCUGCAGGAUUCUUUCUUUGUGUGAUUAAUUCACACGCUAAUAUAUUUUUUGAACAGUUUUUUACUUAACUUUCUCACAACGUGAUUGUUAGCGGCACAACAUCGAUCUUGCUGAGCUUUUGCAUAAACCGAUCACGCCGUGUGGAGCGGACGUCACGUCCAAACGUGCACUAUAGUAGUGUAUCAGAGGGUUAUGAGGAGAAAUUAACACGGAGACAAACUUUAUUAUUCCUUUCAACCUUGACAAAAGAAGCACCAGAUCAACUCUUUCCUUACCUUUCACAAUAAAAGCCUCUGACAUGUACUGCUCCUAACAAAGGGAACUCAAAUUCACUUUGUUAAAAGGAAACUCAAUAAAAUGGAAUUUGUUUUGCAAAAUGAGCUGCUCGAAUCUAUUUAAACCUUUUUACUCAAUAAGUUUUGCAACUGUCGCAAAUGUUAUUGUUGCCGACCAGCAGCGAUGCAAAUUUUCACAAAAUAUUCGCAGGCGAGGAUUUUGGAUUUUCGCUUCGUUUCUUCGUCUGAACUGACACAAACUGCUUCUCAUGUUUCUUUUUCUGUCGUACGAAACUGACACCAACAUGAACUGACAGCGAUGUAGAAAACAUGGACCCAGUUGAGCUAACAUUAGCCUUUAGCACGUAGCCGCUGCGUCCAUCGGGGAAACUGUUUAACCUCAAACUGCUUCAAUCAGUGUUUGCAACCUUUGAUCAGAGCAGAGACCUCUGCAGGACGCUGCUGCCGGACACUGAAGGAAUCCUGACGGGAGAAUCGGACUGACAUGAUCCGCUACGACCUGAUUUAGCGCCCCCUGGUGGCAGGAAAUAUUCUACGUUUAAAUGCAUGAAAAUACUGAAUGGAAAAAUAUAUAAUUUGAUCAUCAGACGUGGAUUUAUAUUCCUUAGAUUCACUGUGUAUUUGUAUGAAGGGGGGGGGGGGGUCCAGUUUGCUAUGAAUUCUUUAGGUUGUGAUUUGGCUUUAUGUUCGUUAAUGUUUCUCUUUUAUAAUUGUUAAUGAGAUGAGAUGUUGUGUUUGACCGCAGGAAGACAGAAACAUCGACGUUAAUCACCAAGAAGGGAUUUAUUUUAAUGACCAUUAAAAGUGUAAACGUG